UAUUCACAAGCCCACUUAAUUCCACGUUCUGACAUUGUGUACUUCUUGAAGCGAGUUAUGUCAAGCAGGAAGCUGGCGGCGGCGGCUCCUCCUCCAGCUCCUGCUUCUCCUCCCCGUCCGGACCUCGGCGCCCGGCGGCGGCGGCGGCGGCGGCGGCGACUCCCGAGCAGCCCGCGGCGACGAGCCGAGCCCGGCCCCUCUCCGCCUCCCCCCGCGCCGCCUCCGCCCUCUCCUCUCAGUCAGGACAUGGUCUCCGCGGGCCCGCGCGCGGCUCCCGGCUGCCGGGGGCGGGGGCGGAGGGGCGGGGAGCGGGCGCGGAGGCGCGGGGGCGUCUGGGGGUCGGGGGACAGAAGACGAGGGACGACCUCGGGCGCUGCGGGAUCGCAAUGGCGGCGGCGAGCGGCCCCGGAGCCAAAUCAGCCCCACGGCGAGCAGCGCGACGUCAAGGCGGGACCCCGGCGCUCGCCGCACUAUCAUUGGUCCGGAGGCCGUGGCGGCGCAGCCAAUGGGCGGCCGCUUCUUUCCGGGCGCAGGAGGCGGGCCGCGGAACGGUGACGUCAAGCCGGCGCCCGGCCCCGAUUGUGAGGCGGUCGGGGAGCGGGGGGCUUACGGACCCCGGCGGCUUGCGGGGCACGCCGGAAGGGCGCGGGCCGGGGGACACGCAGACCGU